AUGGUGGACGUUGAGAUAAACCUUUACAAUUUCGAUUUGAAAGGUACUCUCAAUGGAUUCAACUUCUUGUCAUUGCCCUAUUUAACCCACCAUGAUCUUAGUUGGAACAAUCUUGAAGUGGAGAUUGGCAAUCUCACAGAGCUUCGCAGCAUUUGUCUCAGAAACAAUAGCCUCUCUGAUCCGAUCCCUUAUCAGCUUGUUGAGCUUAAGAAGGCAUAUCGAUUUUCAAGUUCUAUUUCAAAAAACAUUGCGCAAUUCACGCUUAAUCUACUAGUGUUGAAUGUUGCUGAUAAUGCCAAAAUACCCCUAUCAUUGAGAAAUUGUUCCAAAUUAAAGGUUCUUGAUCUCGGUGAUAACCAGUUAUUUGGGAAAAUCCCAUCAUGGAUUGCUUCUGGAUCAAUACCUCCUGAGAUAUGGCAUCUCAUAGAUCUUACGGAAUUGGAUCUUUCAGAUAACCUGCUUGACGGUUCUCUUCCUUCCUCAAUUAGAAACAUAACAAAGCUUACUAUGUUGAACCUAUUCGGGAACCAGUUACAGGAACUCUACCUAUUGCAAGAACUCGAAUCACUAGACUUAUCAAGAAACUUACUUUCAGGCGGCAUCCCUCCAAGCUUGUCCUCUAUGGCAUCCUUGAGCUAUUUGAACUUAUCCUACAACAAUUUGUCGGGACUCAUUCCCUCUAGUGGCCAAAUGAGCACAUUCGAUGCAACAGCAUACAAUGGGAACAAAUAUCUAUGUGGUUCUCCAUUCCCCAAAGAGUGUUAUGGUGAUGAAUCCUUUCGAAAUUUGAGCAAAGAUGAGGAUCUCGGAAGUGGGUCAAUGGAGGUUCCAUGGUUUUGGAUGAGUGUGGCUUUGGGAUUUGGAUUUGGAAUUGGUGGGUUUUUCUCAGUUCUACUUGCUAAAUGGCUAUGGACUGCCAUGGUCUUCAAAUUCAUGGAUGGCAUUGCAGAAUCUUUUGUUUCAAGGUUGCAAAAAUUGAUGGGCAAUUGUAAGUGGUAA